AUGUUCCCCCAUUCCCCGCUCCCCCAUUUCCUAAUCCCCCAUUCCCCGCUCCCAAGUUUCCUGUCCCCCGAUGCCCUUACCCCCAAUCUUUGUCCCCCCAUUCCCUAUUCCCCCAUUCCCUGUUCCCCAAUUCCCCCACCCCCAUUCACUGUUCCCACAUUCUCCGCUCCCCCGUCCCCCGUCCCCCCAUUCCCCGUUCCAUCAUUCCCUGCUCCCACAUUCCCUGUCCCCCCAUUCCCAGCUCCUCCAUUCCCCUCCUUCUCCCCAUUGUCACCCCUCCUUCUCCCCCCUGCUUCCCCUCCUUCUCCCCCCUGCUUCCCCUCCUUCUCCCCCCUGCUUCCCCUCCUUCUCCCCCCCUGCUUCCCCUCCUUCUCCCCCCUGCUUCCCCUCCUCCCCCCUGCUUCCCCUCCUUCUCCCCCCUGCUUCCCCUCCUUCUCCCCCCUGCUUCCCCUCCUUCUCCCCCCUGCUUCCCCUCCUUCUCCCCCCUGCUUCCCCUCCUUCUCCCCCCUGCUUCCCCUCCUUCUCCCCCCUGCUUCCCCUCCUUCUCCCCCCUGCUUCCCCUCCUUCUCCCCCCUGCUUCCCCUCCUUCUCCCCCCCUGCUUCCCCUCCUUCUCCCCCCUGCUUCCCCUCCUUCUCCCCCCUGCUUCCCCUCCUUCUCCCCCCUGCUUCCCCUCCUUCUCCCCCCUGCUUCCCCUCCUUCUCCCCCCUGCUUCCCCUCCUUCUCCCCCCUGCUUCCCCUCCUUCUCCCCCCUGCUUCCCCUCCUUCUCCCCCCUGCUUCCCCUCCUUCUCCCCCCUGCUUCCCCUCCUUCUCCCCCCUGCUUCCCCUCCUUCUCCCCCCCUGCUUCCCCUCCUUCUCCCCCCUGCUUCCCCUCCUUCUCCCCCCUGCUUCCCCUCCUUCUCCCCCCUGCUUCCCCUCCUUCUCCCCCCUGCUUCCCCUCCUUCUCCCCCUGCUUCCCCUCCUUCUCCCCCCUGCUUCCCCUCCUUCUCCCCCCUGCUUCCCCUCCUUCUCCCCCCUGCUUCCCCUCCUUCUCCCCCCUGCUUCCCCUCCUUCUCCCCCCUGCUUCCCCUCACGGCAGGGUGGAAGAUAG